AUGUGCACCAACAUAGUUUACGAGUGGCUGAAAGCGCUGCAGCUCCCGCAGUACGCGGAGUCCUUCGUGGAUAACGGCUACGAUGACCUGGAGGUGUGCAAGCAGAUCGGGGACCCGGACCUGGACGCCAUCGGGGUGCUGGCGCCCGCGCACCGGCGCCGCAUCCUGGAGGCCGUGCGCCGGCUGCGGGAGCAGGACGCCGCCGCCGCCGGCCUCUACUUCACGCUGGAGCCGCAGCCGCCGCCCGCGCCACCCGGGCUGCCCGCGGUCGCCGUCCCCACUCGCCGCCGGGGGGAGCCUUGCGGCGGCCAGGCCCAGGGCCCCCGCGGGGACCCCCGCAGCCAGACGACCGCCCCUCGCGGCAAGGAGCUGGUGAGCUACCCGAAACUGAAGCUGAAGAUCAUGAUCAGGGAUAAGCUCGUCCGCGACGGCAUCCACCUGAGCAAGCCCCCGUACUCCCGCAAGGUAAGGAGGCGGCGUGGGCGCGCGGCGGGAGGGACGCGGCCCGGCCGCUCCUGCCCAGGCUUGGCAGCCCACUUUUCCCAGGAAACGACGGGAGACGAGGAGGCUCCGGAACUAUAUAAAGACGGGGCGCCGGCGGCGGCGGCGGAGAAUCUAGGGGCGGCGCGGAGCGGCUCCCCCAGCCGCCAGUGCCUGCGAGCUCCAGGCUGCUUGGGGAAUUCACUUUGCCGCUUUUCCGCUUCUGCCUCUUCAGGCUUCUGA